CGGUUAAAUCAAGUUUGGUUAUGAUUUCGGUUUUGGAUUUAGUGAAUUGAGCAACGUAGUAUUACUAUUAGUCAUUACGUGAAAGAAAACUUCAAGAAAAAGUGGCUAUAAUUUGCAAUAACAACGACAUUUCGAGUAAUUGCACUAUCAAUUGUGAAAUACUGACUAAAGUCUUACCAUGCCACCAAAAAGAAGAGGAAGAGGUCGGGGCUUCAGAGGUGCUGAAACACAUGCAGAGAGGAAACCAAGACAAACAGAACAGGUUGAGACAGCAGCACUUUCAGCUUCAGGGAUUGAACCAGCACAGACAGUUGAAGCAGCAGCACUUUCAGCUUCAGGGAUUGAACCAGCACAGACAGUUGAAGCAGUUACUUCUCUAAUAAGUAGUACUCCAACAGAAACAACAGUUCUAGCAGAGAAACAUCCCUUAGAGGAAACAGCUGUCGUCAAACAAGAAAUGCUUGCUUCUGAAUUUCAAAAGAUGUCCAUUCAAAGGCCAGUAACUUCCUUUGCUCAUGAGUUUCCUCGCCGACCUGGCUAUGGAAUUAAUGGCAGAAAGAUUGCUUUAGUCGCAAACCAUUUUUCUAUUAUUCUUCCAGAUGGAUAUGUGUACCUGUAUGACAUUGAAGUGAGCAAAGAAUAUGUACCCUCUAAACGUAAUGGAAAGAAAGAACCACCUACGCCAUCUUCAGAACCUAAAAAAUACAGAUGUCUAAACACAAAAUUAAACAGGAGAAUUUUUGAGUCAAUGAUAAAUACGUAUCGAAACAGUGAUCUAGGUAACUGUUUACCAGCAUAUGAUGGAAGAAAGUACAUGGUGACAAAAAAACGUUUGAAUAUACCAGAAAAUGGUCGAACAUUAGUUGUUCUCUUGGAAGAAGAGAGAAGACAAACAAGGUUUGAAGUAGCAAUGAAGCUGGCAAAAGUUGUAAAUCUGAAUCCUAUUCAUGCUAUUUAUAAAGGAAAAGUAUCAUCCAUAGACCAAGAAAUUAUCUUAGUUUUGGACAUAAUUCUUCGACAUGGUCCUGCUUUAAGGCUUGUGCCAAUUGGCAGGUCAUUUUUUGCAAAACCAGAUGUACGGAAUAUUCACCCUCUGAGUGGAGGACUAGAAAUUUGGUAUGGUUACCAUCAGAGUUUGCGUAUUGGGCAGUGGAAACCCAUUCUUAAUAUUGACAUGACAGGAACAACUUUCUUCAAAGCUCAAAACUUAUUAGAUUUCAUAUGUGAAAAGUUGAAGAUUGUUGAUAUUAAAAGUGUAAAAGAACUUAAGGAUUUGGAUAUCAAAAGGUUGAAUAAAGAUCUGAAUUUGCUUGAAAUUCAAGUGACUCAUCUUUCAUAUCCUAGAAAGUACAGGAUAAAAAGUUUGACCAGACAAGCUGCCAAAAGGCUUUUUUUUAAAUUAGAUGACAAAAGUGAGAUAACAGUAGCAGAGUACUUCAAACAGAACUAUGAACCAUUGCAGUAUUCUAAUCUCCCAUGUGUGGAUGUUGGGAUUGGGACUAAAAAUGUGUAUUUGCCCUUCGAAGUGUGUAAAAUUGUAGAGGGUCAACACAACAAGAGAAAACUAAAUGAGAGACAAACUUCGGAUAUGGUUAAAACCAUGACCAGAGGACCAGAAGAAAGAUUCAGAGCAAUUCAGGCACGAGUAAAACAAACAAGUAUGCUUAAUGAAGAAUACAACAAAGAAUUUGGAAUCAGAGUUGAUAUGAAUCCUUUAAAACUUCAUGGAAGGGUCUUAGAUGCUCCAACUGUUCAAUACAAAGAUGAAAAGAAAGUUCCACCAAGGAAUGGAACUUGGGAUUUGAGGAACAUGCAGUUCUUUCAAGGGGCUCAGAUUAAUGAAUGGGCAUUAUUGAGUUUUUCUAACCCUAAUUUCUGUAAACAAACUUAUCUUGACACGUUUAUUCAAAUGUUGAGUAGUCAAGGACAGAACCUUGGAAUGGGAUUAUCUAAUGCGCCAUCUGUAAUUAAGAAUGUCCAACUUGGAGAUGGUACCAUAAGUGGAAUAUUUAAAAACCUAAAGAGCAUAUAUCCCAAUGUGCAAUUAGCUGUAGUUGUUCUUUCUAGUACAGAUUCUUGUUAUCCAGAAAUAAAAAAUGUUGGAGAUACUCAAGUUGGGUUAAUUACUCAGUGUGUGUUAGAUACUACCGUUAUGAAGAAAUGUAAUCCACAAUCAAUCACUAACCUUUUACAGAAAAUAAAUGCAAAGAUGGGGGGAAUAAAUAGUUCUAUUGUUAAAAUUGAUAAACCAAAAAUUUUCUCUAAGCCAGUUAUUUUUAUUGGGGCAGAUGUUACUCAUCCAGCCCCAGGGGACAAACCAGAAACUUCAGUGGCUGCAGCAGUUGGAAGUCUUGAUUCACAUCCAUCAAAAUAUGCUGGUUCAGUAAGAGUUCAGUUUGCAAAAGAUGAAAGGAAGAGAGUAGUUGAAAUUAUACAGAAUAUCAAAGAUAUGUGUAAAGAACUACUGAAAGCUUUCUAUAGAAACACCAAGGGAAAAAAGCCUGAGAAAAUUAUUUUCUAUAGAGAUGGAGUAAGUGAAGGACAAUUUUCUCAAGUCCGAGAUAUAGAGCUACGUCAAAUUAGAGAAGCAUGCACAGAAUUAGGAGCUGAUUAUCAGCCUUUAAUUACCUUUAUAACUGUCCAAAAAAGACACCAUACAAGAUUUGCACCACAGAACUUUCAAAAAGAUGGGGUUGGUAAAUGUAAAAAUAUUCCUCCAGGUACUACAGUAGACACUGAUGUGACACACCCAUUAGAGUUUGAUUUUUUUCUGUGUAGUCAUCUAGGAAUUCAAGGAACUAGCCGUCCUGCCCACUACAAGGUGUUGUGGGAUGAUAAUAACUUUUCAGCUGAUGAACUACAGAAACUAACAUACUAUUUAUGUCAUACCUAUGUACGGUGCACACGAAGCAUCUCCAUCCCAGCACCUGUAAUGUAUGCCCAUCUAGCUGCUUACCGUGCUCGUCUGUAUAUUACCAGCAGGGAAUCACAUGAUGAUAUUUCAAGCUGUUCUCCAGAACCUAAUGAUGUAUUGCAGAUGAACUCUUCUUUAAUUGAAGACCUGAAACUUAUAAAGGAUAAAAUGUAUUUUGUAUAAGGCUCAGAGUUCAUUCAGAAAGCAGAAGCUUACAGCUGAGACUGUGGGUGCAAAAUCAAACUUCAUUGGCUCCUUUGGAAAUACCCCUAAAUGCUAUGCUUAAUGAGAAUUAUUUGUUUAAGCAAAUAUCAUUGAUGGUUAUUCAGUAUAUAUCUUUGAUUCUAAUAUCUUAGUCAUAAUAAUAUAAUACAAAACAUAUAAAUGGCAUCUCUCAUCGUGAAUCCUGUAUGUUCUAGUGUUAUAUGUAUGUGUGUAGAUGCAUUUUAUUGAGUAAUUUUUAAGAAAUGUUUAGUACUACUGAUGUUUAGAUUAUAAAAAGUUUCUGUUACACUAGAUUAAAGGGUAUUUUCUUUGCCUUUACCCUUUCAUAAGCUUUCUUGUGAUUUUUUAAUAAUAUUUUCCUUAUUUAAAUGCAUUGUUAGAAAUAAUAAAGUUGAUUUUACAUGUGAACUUACAGGAUUAAUAUUGUUGUUUAAAUAUGUAUUUGAAUUAAACAUGCAAAUUAGGAAAUAUUCAGUUGCAGAAACUUUAAUUGUGCAAAUUUUUAGAACCGUUAAACUCUUAGCAUUAUAUAAUUGCUUUUUAACUUGUUUGUGAUGGAGGUUCAUUCUUUGGGUUUUAAUAAUUGUUUAAUGAAAAUACAUUAUAAGAUUAUAAAGUGUGGUCAUCCCAUUACU